AUGGAGGUAGCCGAGACUGCCAGCUCCUUGCAGCUGCCAACCUCUAUCCCUUUUUGGCGACUCAUUCUCAACCCCGGCGCUAUCACUCAAGAGGUUGCUGACCACCCUUAUGCUGGCUCAGGGACCGAAGAAGAUCCUUAUGCUGUGCAAUGGAUGCCCAAGGACUUUCAAAACCCUCUCCAGUUGAAAACAUCCAUGAAAUGGUUCAUCACCGUGGUCGCCGCCCUCGAGACCUUGGUCGUUGCUCUGGUCUCGUCUGCUUAUACUGGUGGUCUCCUUCAAAUUAAACAAGAAUUUGGCGUAACAACUGAGGUUGCGACCUUGGGGGUAUCCCUCUAUGUACUGGGCUUUGCCCUGGGUCCUCUGAUCUGGGCCCCGAUGAGUGAAAUGUUCGGUCGCCAGCUUGUCUUCGUCACAACAUACUGCGGGUUAACAAUCUUUUGUGCUGCUUGUACGGGCGCUACAAACAUCGAGACCAUGCUGGUCUUCCGAUUCUUUGCCGGGGCCUUUGGUUCUUCUCCCCUCACUAACUCGGGAGGUGUUAUCGCCGACAUGUUCAUGGCUCGCGAACGAGGAUUGGCCUUGUCGGCCUUCGCAUUAGCUCCAUUCCUAGGACCUGUUAUUGGGCCUAUCGUCGGUGGCUUCCUCGGUGAGUCUAGCGGAGGCUGGAAGUGGGUGAUGGGUCUCUUGGCUAUCCUCUGUGGUACCAUGUGGUUCUUAGGAGCUGCAUUGAAGCCUGAGACAUAUGCCCCCGUUCUUCUUCGCCGGCGUGCAGAGACUCUCUCUAAGCUUACAGGCAAGGUGUACUGCAGUAAGUUAGAUAUUGAUCAGGGACGUCUGACUUUGAAAGCCGCUUUAAAACUCUCUCUUUCGCGACCUAUGAUUCUUCUUUUCAAGGAACCCAUCGUCUUACUACUCUCAAUCUACCUUGCCAUCAUCUACGGAACCCUUUAUAUGCUCUUUGGUGCCUUCCCCAUUGUAUAUCAGGUCCAUCGUGGAUGGAGCCAAGGUGUCGGCGGCUUAGCUUUCAUCGGCGUCAUGAUUGGUAUGCUUGGUGCGGUUGCAUAUUCAAUUCCUGAAAACAAGCGCUACGCGAAACUCCUCCAGAAGAACGGUGGCUAUGCGCCUCCAGAAUCCCGCCUCCCACCAUGUAUGCUGGGCUCGAUUGCCCUUCCUAUCGGACUCUUCUGGUUUGCAUGGACCAAUGAUCCAUCUGUCCACUGGCUUGCAAGCGUCGCUGCUGGAGUUCCCUUCGGAUUCGGAAUGUUGCUCGUCUUCCUUAGUGUCUUCAACUACCUAAUCGAUGCUUACACCAUCUUCGCCGCAUCCGUCUUGGCAGCCAACGCACUGCUGCGGUCGUUGUUCGGAUUUGCAUUCCCGCUCUUCACCACCUACAUGUACCAAGAUCUCGGAAUCCAUUGGGCGUCCUGUGUUCCGGCUUUCUUGGCUCUUGCAUGCGUGCCUUUCCCAUUCCUGCUCUAUAAAUAUGGAUUGUCCAUUCGGAAACACUGCACGUUCUCUGCGCAGUCGGAGGCCUUUGUUCAAAAUCUUCUCCGAGGCAUGCAAAAGGCCUCUGAGCAGCCUUCUGAACCUGAGCCUGAGAAGUGCCCAUCCACUUCGGGAGACGAUGAAGUCGCAUCGCUCCCUCACAUUAAGGAGACCUCUGCGGAUGUCAACUCAAUUCAUCACACACUUUCGCGCACUUCCACCAAUGCCACCCACACCAUCCAUCGCGUGCCCACGUAUGAGGCCAACCCUUACAACAUCGACCGGGUGCAUACACGGGAGUCGUUCAAAUAA